CAUCACCACAACUACCAUCACCAACACCAACGCCAUCAUAUGAAUAAUAGCAACAGCAGCAGCAGCAACAACGGUAGUAAUAACUUGACCGGAAGUAAAUGUAACACAAAUAUCAGUCGGCACACAAGUUACUCUCAACAACAACAACAAUCACAACAACAACAACAACAGCAACAACAGAAUUCAAUUCCCAACAAAUGUGUUGGGAAUAACAGCAGCAACAACAACAGUGACAGCAGCAACGGUGGUAGCUGUCAUAACAGCCAUCAACAGCAGCAACCGAAACAAAAACAACAGCUGCAGAAACAUUCUAAUGUUCACUUACACCGCCAUCUUGAAUCACACCAGCAGCAGCAGCAGCAACAGCAGCAACUGCCUCAGUCGUGUGGGUCACCUCCAGCAACCAGGAGUGUAUUGGCUCAACAACAACAACAGCAGCAAAGAAAUGGCGGUUUGUCUAUUCUUGUGAAACAUGGCCGAAAGUUGGCAGUGAAGCCGCCAUCUCCUCAUCACACAACGACUUCCGGUUCCUGUGACAGCAACUCCAUGGACGAUGUGAGCUCCACCACGGCCGACAACAACGCCGCUUGCGGCAAUACGGCUUCGAUCUCAGAGGUAGCAAUGGCAGCGGCGGCGGCGGCGGCGGCUGCCGCUGCCGCAGCUGCGGCGGUGACUACAACGACCACCACGACGGUGGAUUUCGUAAAUAAUUCUACCAACACCACCGCCACCACCUCCAAUACUACAGCCAACAACAACAACAACAAUAGGAAAAAUAUCCCGGAAUGUAAAUCGUCGUCUUCGCCGUCGUCCUUGUCAUCACCACCACCUCCUCCACCACCACCACCGCUACCACCACCGUUGCCACCGUCACCGACUUCGCCGCCGUUGACUACAUCUCCGACGCCCCUGUCGCCCACGGCUCUGUCUCCCGCGUCGUCACCGCCAUCCCCUCCGUCGCCAUCUUCGUCGCUGUCACCGUCGCCACGGCCACCCCCUUCGCCCAAUUCCGCCUUCUAUUUCUCCUCCUCGUCGCCACCAUCGUCACCAGUAGCCGUCGCCGCCGCCGCCGCCGCCGCUGCUGCUGCUGCGGCUGCUGCUACCGCUGCUACUCAGCCUGGCGUCAAUUCCGUAGAGCCGAUGACCGUCAGCUCCCCGGCCGCGUCGCCACCUCCGCCACCAUCGUUAUCACUACCACUACCUCCGCCACCGCCACCUCCACCAGCAAUAACAACAACGACGACAACCAACGCUGCCCAGCCUCUGUCCAGGCUGGGCAAUCUGAGAUCGUCCCCACUUCAUUCUCUGACCAGCUACAAUGUUCUUUGCGGGGCCCAGCAAGCACAUCAUCACCUGCCUCCCCCAGCCCCUCAUCAUCAACAGCAACAACAGCAGCGCUACGAUCGCUGCCCUAUAUCUCCGGUUUCGAGCCUGCCUCUCGGCGUGGUCACCACGUUGCCGAUUUCUUUGCCGAGCAUGCUGACCACAACACCGAUAACAGCAACUCCGAGGUCGAAACUGUCGUUUGGCAUCAGCCGGAUACUCGGAGUGGAGGAGGAGGAGGAGGACGAGAGCGAGAUGAGGAAAGAGAGGGAAGAGAACGGAAGCGGCGUGUCCGGUGGGGCCGGCGGUGACAUGGAGGAAGAUGAGGAAGUAGAAGUCGAGGUGGAGAUGGAAGAAGACGAUGAUGAGGAGGAGGAGAGGGAAGAGGUAGAAGGGGAUUGCUGCGACGAUGGCAAGCGUGGUAACCAUGACAACCGGCACUACUCGUUGCAUGUUCACCCCCAGCAAACUCAACCCCACCCACUGCACACGAAUCUAUCACACCAACACCAACACCAGCAUUUACAACAACAACAACAACAACAACGGCAGCAACAACAACAUCUUAACAACACCAACAGCAACAACAACAACAACGGGAACCAUUACCAGUUAUCGAAUGGUCUGAAAUCCGCCAUUGACAGCCAACACAUGCAUCAUCUCCACCAUCACCCACACCACCACCACCACCCUCCCCACCACCACAUCCAUAACAGCAACAGUAAUACUACUACUAAUACUACCACUAUUAGUAAUGAUACCAACAACAAUAGCAACAACAACAACAACAACAGCCACAGCAAUGCGUGUUCAAAUGGUGGCGGUGGUAGUGGC